GGUGGCGGGGAUGGAGGCUCUGUGGCUGCUGCUGGACGAGGUGGCCCUGGAGGGGCUGGACGGCAUCACGCCGGGCGCGCUGUGGCAGCGCCUGGCCGCUCGCUCGCCACCCUUUCCGCUGCCGCUGGAGCCCGCCACGCAGCAGCUGCUCUGGGCCGCACUCAGCGCGCAGCCCGAUGUCCGCUUCUACCUGCUGCCGCGGGCGCGCCCGCCGCUCCACCUGCACGACCGAUACGAAGAAAUAGACCUUGAAACAGGAGUAGUGGAAACCAAAAGGGAUCCUGUUACUGCAGAAGAUAUUUAUCCUGUCCACAUGAUUCUGGAUAAUAAAGAUGGCAUACAGGGUUCCUGCCAGUAUUUUAAAGAGAGAGUAGAUAUAACUGAUCAGAUAAGGAGGAAGGACUUGCAGCCUUGUUAUACUUACGUAGAGGCUGUUGAAAAAUGGGGAGAGAAACUGGUCAUAGUUGCUUCCCAGGAGCUGCGUUACCGAGCUUUAAUAAGCUGGGAGGGGGACCCCGACUUAAAACUCCCUGACUUCUCCUACUGUAUACUGGAGCGUUUAGGUCGUGCUAGGUGGCAAGGAGAGCUUCAGAGGGAUCUUCACAGUGGGGCUUUCAAGGUGGAUGCUGGGAAAAUGCAUUAUCACCGAAGAGUACUGGACAGAAAUGGUCUCAUAACAAUGCAGUCCCACGUCAUAAAACUACCAAGCGGAGCACAGCAACACUCAAUUCUUCUGCUUCUGACUCGCUUUCAUGUUGAUAGGAGAAGCAAGUAUGAUAUCUUGAUGGAGAAGGUCUCAAGUAUGCUCACUGCUCGUUCAAACCAGAUGGAAACAUUAAGCCACUUGAGGGAAGAAUUGGGUCUUUGUGAGAGGACUUUCAAACGCCUCUAUCAGUACAUGAUGAAUGCUGGCCUAGCCAAGGUAGUGUCUGUCCCUUUACAAGAUAUUCACCCUGGUGGAGGACCCUACAAGACAAAGAAAGGCACUGAUGUCAUGGUCCGCUGCCUGAAGUCACUAAAGGAAUUUCGGAAGAAAAUAGAAGAUUAUCAUGAUGAUGAUGAAGAGGAGAUCAUCACAAAAGCUGUUCAGCCUGUGGAUAUCAUUUGUGAAAGGGACAUGCUCACCCAGGCCUUUGAGCUAAUUGAGAGCAGGGGAACCAAAGGUAUAUCUCAGGCAGAAAUCCGCUUGGCUAUGAAUGUGGGGAAGCUAGAAGCAAGGAUGCUCUGUCGUCUUCUGGAGAGGUACAAAGUUGUCAAGGGCUUUAUGGAGGAUGAAGGACGGCAGAGGACAACAAAGUACGUCUCCUACAUUUUUGCAGAGGAGAGCGACCUGAACCGUCAGUUUGAGAGAGAAAAGGCAAGAAGCGAGCAGUUAGCCACAGUUACCUUGGCUCUGGUGCCAGAAGAUUCCCUCCCUGUGGAAGAAGUCACACCUAGGGAGGAUGAUGCUUUAGUCUCAGAGUCUGACAAUGAAGAAGAAGGGAAAGAUGGCAGGAAGAGACAAAAAAGUCAGAAGGCCAACUCUGGUUCUCUGUUGAAAUCAAGUUUCCAAGACACCACCCAACAGUCAACACCAGCUAAAGGCUCAAAGCCAGUGCCUGUGAAGUCUCAGGGGAAGAAGCUGUCUUCCCUUCAAGCUGUUGAAGAGCCCAAUGAACUCCCAGAAAACCUUUCAGGAGAGAAUUCUACUUUGGAAACUCUAAAGCAGGAGUCCACUCUUUCCAUGUAUGCUCCUUCUGCUGAUGAGGAUGGAGAUGUGGCUGUGGUGGAGGAGGUCAAACUUGAAGACCUUAAGAAGACAUGUGGCCAAAAGAAGGAGAAGCGUUCCAAAGCUGCAGCGGUGGAGAGAUCUCAUGAAACCUACAGGCUGCUGAAGCGCAGGAAUCUGAUUGUGGAAGCUGUUCGAAACCUCCGGCUGAUCGAAAGCUUGUUCACGCUUCAGAAGAUGGUGAUGGAUCAAGAGAAGCAAGAAGGUGUCUCCACUAAAUGCUGCAAGAAGUCCAUCGUCCGCCUGGUGCGGAGGCUUGCGCAAGAAGGACUCCUCAGACUCUACCACACCACAGUCAUUCAGGAUGGCAUUAGUAAGAAGGUGGAGUUUGUUGUGCAUCCUUCAGUGAGCCCUAGCGAUCCCCUCGUCAAAAGUGCCAUCGAGCAGGUGCGCUUCCGGAUCUCCAAUUCAAGCAGCACCAACAGGAUUAAAGUUCCCCAGACACCAACAUCCCAAGACCAUGCUGAGGAAGAAAACGGGGGGCAAGAGGCAGCCCCUGCUUCAGGAGAAGCACAAGCAGGCUCCUGUAGAGCUGAUAAUGGUCGUGCAGGGAAAAGUGAUGAGAAAAUGGGCAUCGGCCAGCUGAAAAACUAUCACCCAGUUACAGUUCCAGGACUUGGGCGUUCCCUUGGCUUCCUUCCCAAAAUGCCCCGUUUAAGAAUGGUCCACAUGUUCCUCUGGUACUUAAUUUAUGGGCACCCUUUAAAUGAAACACAGCAAAAAGGAGGUGGUGAUGGUGAGAAAAAAGGCAGCAAGCAAGGGCUGGAUGCAAAUGCAACUGUAAUUGAAGCACAACCAGAUGGGACCUUAGAAAUUGUGACAGCUGAGGUGAAUCCUGAAACCUCUGCCCAGGAGACUGAAGUAGAGCUGUCUAAUCAAACAGUGUACGUGGAUGAUGUGUCCUGGACACGCUACGUCCCUCCUCUGCCUGUGCACAGAGAGUUUGGAUUUGGAUGGGCUCUUGUUAGUGACAUUCUUCUCUGCUUGCCUCUCUCCAUCUUUGUUCAGAUAGUGCAAGUCAGCUACAAGGUGGAGGGGCUGGAAGAUUUUUUAACUGAUCCCCUCAAAAAGCACACUCUGAUCAGAUUCCUUCCAAGGUCAGUUCGGCAGCAGCUUCUCUACAAAAGGAGGUACAUCUUCUCAGUGGUAGAAAACCUUCAAAGGCUAUGUUAUAUGGGACUGAUACAGUUUGGCCCAACAGAGAAGUUUCAAGACAAAGACCAGGUCUUUGUGUACAUGAAGAGAAAUGCUGUGAUUGUUGACACCACCAUCUGUGACCCUCACUACAACCUGGCCCACAGCAGCCGCCCCUUUGAGAGGCGCUCAUACAUCCUGAGCACCAUGCAGGACGUGGAGAACUUCUGGUUUGACCUGCAGUAUGUCUGCCUCAAUACACCACUGGGAGUUGUCCGCUGUCCUCGUUCCAAGAGAAGCAAUCUUCAAGGGGAGGAGACUGCCCUGGCUGUGGAAAUGGAACAAGAGUCAGCAGUGGAUAAGCACAACCUGGAACGCAAGUGUGCGAUGCUGGAGUACACCACAGGCAGCCGAGAGGUAGUUGAUGAUGGAACUAUCCCUGGAGAUGGGUUAGGAGCUGCAGGCCUGGAUUCCAGCUUUUAUGGGCAUCUCAAACGCAACUGGAUCUGGACAAGCUACAUCAUGAACAAGACUAGGAAGGAAAACACAGUUUCUGAGAACGGACUGACAGUGAGACUCCAAACCUUCCUAACCAAACACCCGCUGCCACUCAGUACUGGAGGUAGCAAAAUUAAUAUUUUGGGAGAAGCAAAGAUAGGAUCUGAGUCACUUGUCCAGAAAGAGGAAUGUGUGGAAAUAACUAAAGAACCAACCCAGGAUCGAACCAAACGAGUGAGAGGUGGAAAAAGCCAAAAGAGGAAAAGGCUCAAGAAGGACACUGGGAAGAAGACAAAGAAGAAGAAGAAAGAAGAGGAUUCAGUAGAGAAAAGCAAGAGGCUGCGCUACCACGAUGAAGCUGACCAGAGUGCCCUGCAGAGGAUGACCAGGCUGCGCGUCACCUGGACGGUGCAGGAGGACAGCCUGCUGAUGCUGUGCCGCAUCGCCAGUCACGUCCUCAACGCAAAGGUGAAAGGGCCCUUUGUUCCAUGGCAGGUCGUGCGGGACAUCAUGCACGCCAGCUUCGAGGAGUCCCUCGACAAAACCUCGCACUCAGUCGGCCGACGAGCGCGCUAUAUCAUCAGGAACCCACAGACCUAUCUCAACUACAAAGUUUGCCUUGCUGAGGUUUACCAAGAUAAAGCCCUCACAGAAGAUUUCAUGAAUAGAGAAAACAAUUAUGAAGAUCCCCAGGUGUGUGCAAAAGAGUUUAAAGAGUUUGUGGAAAGACUGAAAGAGAAAUUCAGUUCAACCCUUGGGAAUCCUAAACUCGAGAUUCCUGAUACGUUGCAGGAGCUCUUUGCCAGAUUUCGAGUUCUGGCCAUUGGAGAAGACAGGAAUCAGCACACAAAGGAGGAUAAUCUGAAGAGUGUCUAUGAUAUCCAUUUCCUAGUGCUACAGAAUCUGAUUCAGAGCACGUUGGCACUCUCAGAUAACCAGAUGAAAUCUUGCCAGUCAUUUCAGACCUUCCGUCUGUACCGGGAGUACCAGGACGAUGUCCUCCUGAAGGCCUUCCUGGAGUGCCAGAAGCGGAGCUUGGUCAACCGCCGGCGCGUCAGCCACAUGCUGGGCCCCAAGAAGAGCAGGGCACUGCCCUUUGUGCCCAUGUCCUUUCAGCUCUCUCAGAGCUACUACAGAGUGUUCACGUGGCGGUUUCCCAGCACCGUUUGUACAGAGUCCUUUCAGUUCCUUGAGAAGCUCAAGGAUGCUGAAAGAUCAGACCAGCCAGAUAGCUUCUCCUUUAAAGAUCAAGAGAACGAGGCAUCAGAGGGCAUGGUUGCAUUUCCCAUGGAUGGACCUGGUGGCCAGUGUGCAGCGAUGCUUUCUCUCUUCUCCCUGGGACUCGUGUCUGUCAGUGUGAGGAUCCCAGAGCAGAUAGUGGUGGUGGACAGCACUAUGGUGGAAAAUGAAGUCAUAAAAAGUUUGGGAAAAGAAGGGCUUGAGGAUGAGGAUGAGGAUGAUGAUGACCUCGAUGAUGGCUCUGGAGGCAAAAGGAGGAUAGAGGUGAAGGCUCGCCAGGCGUCUCACACCAACUACCUGCUGAUGAGAGGCUACUACGCCCCCGGGAUCGUCAGCACGCGGAACCUCAGCCCCAGCGACAACAUCGUGGUCAACGCCUGCCAGGUGAAGGUGAAGCUGCGCUCAGCACCGCUGCCAGGAAGGCUCAGCUCUGCAGUUGCGUCUCUGCUUGAUAACAUGGCUGUGGGAAUCUCCUGCCUCCCUGACAGUUUCACCAGGCUGAUAAAAAUCCAAGAAGAAAAUUACAAGAUGGAAGGGUUUCUUCAGGAGUGUAGGGAAGGCUAUGGCUACAGCCCCAGGGAUGUGGCUGCUGUGCUGGAGAUCCGUGAGGCCAUAGAGGCCACCUCCCACUUUGGGAUUUGCAGAGCUGAGCUGAGCAAACGCUUCUGCAGCUACGAAGAGGUGGAGCCUGAACGCACCCGGGGCUUGCAGCAGUACCUUCAGGACCUUGUUGAAAUGCAGCAGGCUUUAGAAGUAGGAGGCCAUGCUGUCAGACUGGUUGCCAUAGUGUUUGCCAAGCCAUGGCUAUUACAUUCAGUAUGUCUGAAGAAUAAAGCAGAAGACUCUGAUCAGCAGGAUGCAGACACCACUCUCCCAGAUGUACAACAGGAUUGCCUGCCAACAGAACCAAAGAAAGGAGAGGAAUGCUCCGGAGAGGAGGAGCAGCUGGGAAAAGACACAGAUGAAGAACCCCCAAGGAAGAGAUGCAAGACUCUAAACGAGGUCCUUCAAGGUGGCAAUCAGCUCUGCCAGGGUUCACAGAGCAGUUUGAAAGGUGCAGAUGAAAAUAACUUUGAUGCAGAUGGGAGUGAUCCAGUUACAGUGAAGGAACCUCCAGUUGUGGAUGAGGAAACAGGGCAGGCAGGACAUGGAGCGGAACAGCCAGCGUGUCCUCCAGAGGCUGCCAAGGUGGAUGCUUACAAAGAACACGGAAAAGCUGCUUUUGAGGACAAAGAACCUGAAGUGGAGAGUGAUGAGCUCACUGAGCACAACAAACAGAUCCCUAGCCAUGAGCAAUCAGCCAGUGAGCAGGAGGAUGAUCUCUCCUACUUACAGGAGAGCCCAGGGGUCUCUAAAGGAAGUUCUCUGACAGAUGUCUCCCAGGCAGACAGGGACCGGGCCUGCGAGAACGUCUGCUUCAUCGGGAGGCCGUGGCGGAUUGUGGAUGGGAACCUGAACAAGCCUGUGUGCAAGGGCAUGAUGGAAGCUGUGCUCUACCACAUCAUGACCAAGCCAGGCCUCACUCAGGACCUGCUGCUGCAGCACUACCUGGGGGUGCUGCAGCCUGUGGCCGUCCUGGAGAUCCUGCAGGGACUGGAGACUCUGGGUUGCAUCAGACGGUUCUACAUGACAAAGCCAUCCCCGGUGUUGCUCUUUUCUCAGCCAGCUCUGGAAGAGCAGCUCAGCAACCCCAAGCUGAGUGAAACCCCAACCGUGUACUACGAGCCCACCAUCGACUGCACUCUCAGGCUGGGAAGAGUGUUCCCCUCUGAAGUGAACUGGAAUAAAUGGGUGCAGAUUAUCCCCGUGUAAAAGAGGUAAAGCUGAGCCAUACCCAGUGGGUUCAGGCUGCAGCGUGAGUGUUGAGGGCAGAUCAAAUGUUUGUGUUCCAUCAUGGUUUUGCUAAGUUAUUUAUCCUUUUUACUUCUGAAUGUAUUUAUGCUGAGAAUAAAGCUUCACCUUCAGGCACAGGUAAUGUCUGAUCCCACCUGAAGUUUUUACCAAUA